GGAUUAGUUCACCAGCAUGCUUUCUGAGUGUGUGUAUACUUACAUGUGCAUAUACGUCCCUUCAUGCAUUUCCCUUUUCAUUUCACAGAUUUUUUAAAAAGCCUCAUGGGACGUAACAUCAUUGCUAGAUCCCUGGUACAUUUAAGAAACCUGACUGCAUGAGAGGCACUCUACCUGGGCACAGGAUGUUACCUGGCAUCAGAGAACUCAAUGAUCCAGACUUUCCUUAAUUCUAAAUGUGCUAUUCUUCAUUUCAAGAUGCCUUUGCACUUCUGAUAAAUGCAAACUGACAACUCUCAAGGCCACAUCAGAGAAAAACAUUACUGCUUGAAGCCUGGAAGACUGCCCUUAAUGAAGGAAAGUCCUCGAUUGUUGUUUGAGAUGCUGAGGAAGUUGCUGCGGAGGAGACUUUUUUCUUAUCCCACGAAAUACUACUUCUUGCUGCUUGUUUUUUCCCUAGUCACCUUCUCUGUUUUAAGAAUUCAUCAAAAGCCUGAAUUUGUCAGCAUUGGACCUUUGGAGCUGGUUGGAGAGAAUCCUAGUAGUGAUAUUAAUUGUACCAAAGUUUUACAGGGUGAUGUAGAUGAAAUCCAAAAGGUAAAGCUUGAGAUUCUAACAGUGAAGUUUAGAAAGCGCCCACGAUGGACAGCCUCUGACUAUAUAAACAUGACCAGCGAUUGUACUUCUUUCAUCAAGAGGCGCAAAUAUCUUGUAGAACCCCUCAGUAAAGAAGAGGCGGAGUUUCCAAUAGCGUAUUCUAUAGUGGUUCAUCACAAAAUUGAAAUGCUUGAUAGGCUCCUGAGGGCCAUCUAUAUGCCUCAGAAUUUCUACUGCAUUCACGUGGACAAAAAAUCAGAGGAUUCCUUUUUGGCGGCGGUGAUUGGCAUUGCCUCCUGUUUCAGUAACGUCUUUGUGGCCAGUCAGCUGGAGAGUGUGGUGUACGCAUCAUGGAGUCGGGUUCAGGCUGACCUCAACUGCAUGCAGGACCUCUACAGCAUGAGUGCAGACUGGAAGUACUUGAUCAAUCUUUGCGGUAUGGAUUUUCCCAUUAAAACCAACCUGGAAAUUGUCAGGAAGCUCAAGUCGUUAAUGGGAGAAAACAACCUAGAAACUGAGAGAAUGCCAUCCAAUAAAAAAGAAAGGUGGAAAAAGCAUUAUACAGUCGUUAAUGGAAAGCUGACAAACACAGGGACUGACAAAAUGCACCCUCCUCUUGAAACACCUCUGUUUUCGGGCAGUGCCUAUUUUGUGGUCAGUAGGGAAUAUGUGGAGUAUGUGCUAGAGAAUGAAAAAAUCCAAAAGUUUAUGGAGUGGGCCAAAGACACGUACAGCCCAGAUGAGUAUCUCUGGGCCACUCUUCAGAGGAUCCCUGAAGUCCCAGGCUCACUGUCCUUAAGCUAUAAGUAUGACAUGUCUGACAUGCAUGCAAUUGCUAGGUUUGUCAAGUGGCAGUACUUUGAAGGUGACGUUUCCAAGGGCGCCCCCUACCCCCCCUGCAGCGGGGUCCACGUGCGCUCCGUGUGCGUUUUUGGAGCAGGUGACUUGAACUGGAUGCUGCGCAUGCACCACCUGUUUGCCAAUAAGUUUGACAUGGACAUUGACCUCUUUGCCAUCCAGUGUUUGGAUGAGCAUCUGAGGCAUAAAGCCCUGGAGACGUUAAAACACUGACCGUUGGUUGUAGACAAUUUUAGAAACAUCCAGAAGGGUGCAUGAGAGGUACCCCAUCUGAUUCUUCUGCCCUGUUAAUAAACAUCAGAAAACUGUUGGGGGGCAGGGACUCUAACUCUUCAUGUUAGAGAAGCUACAUGGUUUUUGCAGAGCACCAUCGGUUAGAAAGGUUAUAGCAUUCAACGUUGACCUAGAGUUAUUGUGAAGCCAGGGCAGGUUGCAAGGCAUUGUGGGGAGAGGUGGCCAGGGAAGAGGCCGAAUAUAAAAACU